AUGGAAGCUUUGAAGGUGCUGUGUAAAGACUAUCCUUCUUUGAAUUCUUCUUCUAAGAAGCCCUGUUUGGAGCAUAAGCUUUCCAAGCAUGGCACUCACUUUUCUAGGCAUUCUCUACGUUUAUAUCAGCCAAGAAGAAAUUCAGUGAGCUUCCUUGCAAUUAGAGCUGCAAAUUCCCAUGUAGCUAUCAAAAAAGGAAAUGGAUCAGUGAAAGAGCAUUCAUUGUACAAGGGCCUGGGUAUAGUUGAUUUUCUUGAGGCCAAAAACAUUCUAGUCACUGGUGCAACAGGCUUCCUUGCAAAAGAAAUAAUUUUGAACUCUGCAGCUGUCACUUCAUUUGAUGCCAGGUAUGAUGUUGCUUUGGAGACAAAUACAAGAGGACCGUCUCGGCUCAUGGAGUUUGGAAGAAGUUGCAGAAAGCUACAGCUCUUUCUGCAUGUAUCAACAGCAUAUGUUAAUGGGCAAAGAGAAGGGAGGAUAGUAGAAAAACCAUUCAAAGGGCUAGAAGAUGCUCCAGCUUUGAACAUUCUAAAUGAAAUUGAAUUAGCCAAAAUAAGUCUGAAUUUUCAUCAAACCAGAAUGUCAGAACCCCAAAGCUCUAAAGCUACAAAUGAGGAUGGCAUUUCUCAAACAAUGAAAGACAUGGCUUUGGAAAGGGCAAGAACAUAUGGAUGGAAUGAUGUUUAUGUGUUUAGCAAGGCAAUGGGAGAAAUGUUUUUAGACCAGAACAGAGGAGAAAUCCCGUUGGCUAUAGUUAGACCUAGUGUGAUUGAAGGGACCUACAGUGAUCCAUUUCCUGGAUGGAUAGAAGGCCUUCGGUAAGAACACUCGUAAACUUCAUGUAUGUAUCAAGUACUUCCUAACCAAACACUAGUUCCUGAUACCUCUCAAAGUGUCUUAGAAGAUAAUUUAUAAGAAUGAAUCAAAAUCGGCUGUGCCAUCUAUAUCAA